GACCUUACAAAUGAGGAAUCAGUCAAAAUUAUUAAUGACUAUUCACCUAACUUUAAUAAAAAAGACACUGAACCGGGUUAUUUAAAUGACAUUACUUAUAUUGAAUCUAAAACAACACUAUCUCUUGAUCAUCUUGAUAAAUCUAUUUUUUAUGACAAUUCUGUACCAUCCUUAGAAGCUAAUAGUUAUAUAGCUUCACAAUUAUGCAACACAACGGAUAGAGAUGAAUCGGAUCAAGGUGAAUUGGAUCAAGGUGAAUUGGAUCAAGGUGAAUUGGAUCAAGGUGAAUCGGAUAAAGGUGAAUUGGAUGAAGAUGAGUCGGAUAAUGAAUCAU